AUGCUCAGAAAACUCGUUUUUCUCUUGUCGAAGAUAGACCAUUCCAAGCCCAUGCCAGGACUUGUAAUGCCUAGCAUCUAUCCGAAGGGCACUCUGAUAACUCUUAAUUCCAUUCUCAAAAUCCUCCAAGGCAACAUAUCUGGAGGAAACCAAACUAUAGCAAUUUCCCAUGGCACACCUGCAAAUCCAUUCAACCUGAAUGAGUGA